AUGAAGAAAGGGAAGCUAGUGUUCGUUCCAGCGCCUUUAAUGGGCCAUUUGAUACCUGCAGUUCAAUUGGCUAAACUUUUAUUACAUCUCAAUUAUAACCUCUCUAUCACCGUCCUCACCGUCAAGCCACCAGAAGACGCUAGAAUCAACGCCUACAUUGACUCUCUCGCCGCCGCCGCCGCCACCACCACCAGCCGUAUUAAAUUCAUCAGCCUCUCUCAAUCUUACCCAGAGGUAGAUGUUUUGAAGUUUUUGACUAAUUUACCUCAAACCGUAGGACCGCUUGUGAAAGAAGUCGUCGCCAACAUAGUUGAGCAAUCCAACUCAGUUCCAAACGCACCUCGACUCGCCGGGUUCGUUCUCGACUCGUUAUUAACUUGUUUGGUAGAGUUGGCUAACGAGUUUGGCGUUCCUAGUUAUGCAUUUUACACUUCGGGUGCUGGUUCUCUUGGCUUCCACCUCUACGCUAGGGCCCUUCACGAUGAAAAAAAGAUUGAGUUCGGCCAGAUAAAAGACUCGGACACUAAAUUCACAGUACCAUCGUAUGCCAACCAGGUUUCCAUUAAAUUAUUUCCAGCUGUUCUUUUGCAGCCUGAAAGUUUUACAUCAUUCAGUAACUCGAUAAAAUGGAUGAGAGAAGUGAAAGGUAUAUUGAUUAAUACGUUUUCGGAGCUUGAAUCCCAUGCCGUUGACUCCCUUUCUAAAGAUGAGCUUCAAAUUCCUCCCAUUUACCCUGUGGGCCCCAUAUUAAACCUCGAAGGCUCAAGCAAUGUCCAUCAGAAUUAUGAUACAAUCAUGCAAUGGCUUGAUGAACAACCUCGUUCGUCGGUAGUGUUUCUCUGCUUCGGGAGCAUGGGAUGUUUCAGUACGGAUCAGGUGAAAGAAAUCGCCUACGCACUAGAGCAGAGUGGGCACCGAUUCUUGUGGUCUCUACGAGGACCGGGGGAACAAGUAAAGGACUUGAUGUAUGGCGUAACUGAUUAUGAGAACGAGGCAGAGGUGUUACCAGAAGGGUUCAUAGACCGAACUGUUGGAAUUGGUAAGGUCGUUGGUUGGGCACCGCAAGCGGCCAUCUUGGGCCACAAUGCAACCGCAGGGUUCGUAUCGCACUGCGGUUGGAAUUCGACGUUAGAAGGUAUAUGGUUCGGAGUGCCAAUGGUGGCAUGGCCACUUUAUGGAGAACAACGACUGAAUGCAUUGACAUUGGUGAAGGAGCUGGGAUUAGCGGUGGAGCUUAAAAUAGAUUACAAGAUCGAUGACGGUGAGGUUGAAAUUGUAAAAGCUGAGAAGAUUGAGAAAGGAAUUAGGUGGUUAAUGGAGCAUGAUAAUGAUGUUAGAGAGAGGAUGAAAAAGAUGGAGAAAGAGAGUAAAAAGGCGUUGAUGGAUAAUGGUGGAUCUUCACACAUUAUGUUAAAUCGUUUUAUUAAUGAUAUCAUGAACAAUAUGUCAUGAAAACUUCCUUUCA